AUGUCAGGCAUCCAGGAAGCGAGCAUGAGGAGCAUCCGUCCGUUCAAAACGAGCGAACUGUACCUCUACGCGAUGAAAGAGGAUUUGGCAGAAUGGCUUAAGGAACUCUAUGAGUUGGACGUUGAUGUUGCAUCCUUCUUGGAGGUACUGGAGACAGGCACUUUGCUUUGCCAUCACGCCAACAGCAUCACCCAAGUAGCCAGAGACCUCAGCCAGGACUACCCAGGUUUGGCCAAGAAGCUCCAACUACCCAUGUAUGGGGUGACCUGCAAUGACUUUGCUCAGCCUGGGACAUUCCAAGCCCGAGAUAAUGUGUCCAACUUUAUUCAGUGGUGCCGGAAGGAGAUGGAUAUUAAAGAAGUGGUGAUGUUUGAGACGGAGGACCUGGUACUGCGCAAGAAUGAGAAGAACUUCGUCCUGUGCCUGCUGGAGGUGGCACGGCGGGCCUCCCGCUUCGGCAUGAGCGCCCCCACCCUCAUCCAGAUGGAGGAGGAGAUCGAGUACGAGAUCCGCGAGGACCUGAACCUGCCCCGCGAGGAGACGCCCCUGCCCAAGCAACAGAGGAAGCCCACCGACUUCAAGAACCUGGACCAGAUAGUCCAGCACCUUGUCAGCCGUUGCACCUGUCCAGUUCAGUUCUCCAUGAUCAAAGUGUCCGAGGGAAAAUACCGGGUGGGUGAUUCCAGUACUCUCAUUUUCAUCAGGAUCCUGCGGAAUCACGUGAUGGUCCGAGUGGGUGGCGGAUGGGACACCCUGGAGCACUACCUGGACAAGCACGACCCGUGCCGCUGCACGUCCCUCUCCCACAAGCAGGCCCUGAAGAUGGCCAGUCCCCAGAGGAGCCAAGCCGCACAGGUCCAGCAUGAGAUCACGGCACGCUUGACGCCCCGGGCGGACAAAACCAACAAGCCCCAGCCUGCCUUGAUUGUGAGCCGGUGCCAAAGCCCGCUGCUCCCGGUGGAGUGGAGGACCUACACGCCCCGCGGCCUUGGCACAGGGCGGAAGGGUCUUUCCCCAGUGCCACCGGAUAACAGCGGCAGCAGGAAAACAGCCUGCCUGCCCAUUUCCCAGGACCAGUCGGACCCCAGGAGGGGAACUUCAGUCAGGGUGAGGGAACGGUCAGCUACUCCGUCCCGGAGACUUCCAGCAGCUGAAGAGAGGCCUGGAUCCAAGCCGGCUGUCUCUACACAGAGCGGAAGGGAGACGUUCCGCAUCUCGGUCUCCUCAGAGUCAGACGGGAAUGCAGAGGGCAAUUGUUGGGGUUCGAAAAGUCUCCCGGGACCACGGCACGGACGGACGGCUGAUAGAAUCCAGGGGAUGCCGCCAUCUCUGAAAUCAAAAGCGGAGAGGCCAACUCCGUCUGGAACAGCUGCGCGACGGGACGGAGUUCCUCAGCCUCCAGAAAGCCUCCAGCGAGACGUCAAGGGCUGUCCAAAGACACGUCCCUCCAGUCCAGUCAAGGCAUUCCGGGUCUCCUAUCAACAAGCCGCCAAGGCCCCAACGGAAAGCCCAAAGGGGCCGCAAGAAGUGGUAACUGUGGGUGGCGGCAGAGAGGACGUGGUAAUGCAACGUUCCCCGUCCCCGGUAAAGCUUCCGUGCCAGAUUCGCAAAGCGGACAGUGGUACGAAGACUCCGGGCAGAGUUGGUUCGCCUUUCUACAGGCCCCUGACCCCUACUAGGAACUAUCAAGAGAGCCUUAGUUUUAGAAAUGGGGGGAUUACUUUGGACAAAGACCGAACCCCCUUUCAAAGCAAAGUUGUACUCAAGGAUAGGGUUGAUCAUGAGAAGGAAUGGAGUAAGACGGUCAACGAGGAAGCAUCUACUGGCAGGGUCCUUGACAGAUCCAGGGUUGGAGCCAGGCAGUUUGGAACAAAGGAAUAUCGGGCAUUUUUUGGGCAAGUGCGGUCCCCAGGAAGCCCAUGCAAACACAGUCAAAGGAGUCCUGGAGAUACCAAGGAACUGGUUGUGGAAAAGGAGCGUGUCUACACGCCACUGCCUAUUAACUUGGCUGAAGAACAAGCUCUGUAUCAGAGUCUAGAGGAGGAGAUUUUGGCCAACAUCAAGGAGUUGGAGUCUGAUUCAGAUGACACCUACCCUUUGGGAGGGUACCGAAUGGGAGGUGUGCCUCGGAGUGGUGUCUACAUGCCAGAAAGAGAGACAAGAUGGCAGCCGGGUGGGCUGCACUACGACAACGUUAUCCAAGAGCUCUCCAUGACUCUCCAACGGGCGCAUGGGGGGACCGAGGGAUGCCAGCCUCGGUUGAGUUCAUCCCUGGUGAAUGGAAACCAGGUCGAAAAUAAGGUCCUGGAGCAAGAAGCCACUCAUCAAGAGGAGACGCCUGUGGCCUCCGAAAUGGCAAGAGAUGAACCAUCUGGCACAACCCACGGAGAACCUGCAGAGGUCAACGUGAACGGUGACACCUCUCAAGCGACACCGAGCGAAGCCUCUGACCCUUCCGAGAGUUCUACCCUCCUAGAGAAUGCGAGAGCGGCUCCGAGUAAGCCGAAGCGGUCGUUGAAGAAACCGGAGCGUGUGCCGUCCAUUUACAAGCUCAAGUUGAGGCCCAAGAUCCGACCCCGUAGGGACAACAGGCCCGAGAAGAGGCCUUCAAAGAUUCCCAAGCCGGUGACUCACAAACAUGCUCAAAGAACGUCCAGUGUCAAAGGCCAGGGGAAGACCCAGAAUGCCAACAGCUCGAUCAAGAGUAGUCUGGGUAGCAUGAAGCAAAAGAACAGAGGGAAAUCUGGAUCUGAAGGACAGACUGUGGUUUCUGAGUGCAGCCCUUCCUCCGUGCAGGAUGGUGAAAAGACAGACGGGAAAACGGGAAGUUCGGAUGGUGAAGAAACCUGGGUGUGA